UUUGAAAACUGGGUUGGACCAGCAGCAGCGCAAGUAGCCUAACGUGACAGUUGCUAUCGAGUUGUAAACCUGAAACGGGAUUAACUGGUGACAUCGUAAACAUGACGGAGGAGGAGGAGCAUACACACAGAAAACAACAAAUCGCCAUGCUUUAUCAAAAGCUGAACAAAAUCAAAAAGUCCCUCAAUGAAGAUGACACAGACAGUAUUAACCAGGUCAUCAGCUCAAACGCUCCUGAAACAUGUUGGCGAUAUCUGAUGGACCUGGAAAGAAAAGGUGACCCUCACUUGGAUCGUAACCAUCUCUCCAGACUCAUGGAUUUUUAUACCAGAGUGUUCUCCAGCAUGCCGCUGGGAAAGCAUGGGCAAAAUGAGAGCUAUGCCAGGAUGUUGGUCAGAUUUGCAGAGCUGAAAGCAAUCCAAGAUGUCAAUGAGGCAGAAGCCAACUUCAAUGUGGCAAGAUCUCACAGCCAGGAUUUUGCAUUUGUGCACAUUGCUCAUUCACAGUUUGAGCAUUCUCAAGGGAACACAAAGAGAGCCAUUUACAUCUUGCAAAGGGCUAUUGAACUGGAUGCUAAACCCAAAGAGCUGCUGGAGGCUGCCUUGCAAAGUCUGUAUUCAGGAAAAGCGCAACUUGUCUGUGCCGAGGAUAAGGAAAAUGCACCAGUAUUGGCCAACAACAGUCGGUACGAUUCUGCCAAACAUGGCUCAGACCUCCAAAAAGUGUGCAGGAAAUCAGAUGGGACAGGUGACCUACAGAUCUCCACUAUUUUUGGUUCAGGGACAGAGCACCUUAGUGGAUCAUCAGAUGACCCACUGCCAGGCUGGAGAUCUGCAUCUCAGUGCAAGAGAGCAAUUGGCUUGCCAGGAAGAGUUCCCUUAGUUCCCUUCUCUAUCUCAGAAAUGGAUGGUGAUGAUAGCGGUGGGAUGCCCUCAAAGCAAAGUGAUGAUUUCAUUCCCAGCAGCUUGUCCAGGCAAACAUCUGCUUCAAGUACCAGCUCAAUGUUUGCUCUAUCAUCUUCCAAGAAAACUACUGUGGAUGGAGAUUUCCUCAGUCUGAAACCAACAACUAGCAGUCCAGAGACUCACCCUUGGGAGGAGCAGGCAGCAAUGGAUGCCACCACUUCACUCCUUCACAGAAAUGACAGGAGGGACACCUCCAGAAUGGAAGACACAACAUACAAUUUCAAUCAGGUCAUCAAUUCAAAUUCCCCCGAGUCAUGUGAGACAUAUCUGCUGAACCUGGAGAAGAGAGGCAACCCUCACACAGAUGUUGGCCUCUUUACUAAGCUCAAGGACUGUUAUUCCAAAGUGUUUUCCAGACUGCCUUUAGGAAAACACAGCAAGAAUGAAAGCUAUGCAAGAAUACUGGUCAGAUACGCUGAACUCAAAGGGAUUGAGGAUCCAGAUGAAGCACAGGACCACUUCAUAGUUGCAAGAUCUAAUUGCAAAGGUUUUGCCUUUGUCCACAUUGCACACGCCCAGUUUGAGGUCUCUCAAGGUAAGGUGAACAAAGCAGCUUCAAUUCUGCACAAAGCCCAGGGGUUAAAUGCCAAGCCAGCAGAGCUCCUGGAGGUGGCCAUGCGAAACCUUAAAGCUGGGAAAAAACAGCUACUACCCACUGAGGAAGAGCAGCGCCCACCAGAUGUGGAGAUUCAGGGUCCACUUAGUGUAGCAACUUGUGGGGGGAAACAGGAGUUGCAAAUUCCUGCUCGGGUACCUGUGAAUCGGUCUGUGGAACAGCCCAAGCCUGCCAACAAGGAGCCAGUACCCGUGUGGAAGAUGCCGAUUCUUGUUGGCCAGCAUAUUUCUCCACAGGAAAAACACACUACACCUCCUGACCCCAGACCCGUACCUCGUCUGCUGGACUCCCUCCCCACUCCGUCCCUUCCUUUUCCAUCCAGACUGAACCCACCUGCAGUCUGUCAGACACCCAACAACUGCAAAAACCCCAGUGCUGACAGUUUUGUUACUCCUGUUGUAAAGAGAGACCCUAUACCAGCGUCUGCUACAGCACACAGAGUUGGACCCGCCCAGCAGCCCUGCACACCUUUACAAGUGUCAUAUUCCCAAACCCCACAGCCUCGCAUCACUGCUUUCUCAAAUGAUUCCAUCACCAUUAAGGGGAAACAAUUCUUCAUCCUCAAGAUGAUUGGACGUGGUGGAUCUAGCAAGGUGUACCAGGUCCUGGACCACAAGAAGCAGCUGUUUGCUGUAAAGUUUGUCAACCUGGAGGAGGCUGAUGCUCAGACAGUAGAAAGCUACAAAAAUGAGAUUGAGCAUCUGAAUCAUUUGCAGCAAUACAGCGACCAAAUUAUCAAGCUGUAUGACUAUGAAAUAACAAACAGCUACAUUUAUAUGCUGAUGGAGUGUGGGAACCUGGACCUGAACACUUGGCUGCGAAACCGUAAGACUGUGAACCCACUGGAGAGGAAGUUCUACUGGAAGAACAUGCUGGAGGCUGUCCAAACUAUCCACAAACAUGGAAUUGUCCAUAGUGACUUGAAGCCAGCCAAUUUUGUUAUUGUGAAUGCUUCGCUGAAGUUAAUUGACUUUGGCAUAGCGAACCGCAUCCAGCCAGAUGUAACAAGCAUUAUGAAGGAUUCACAAGUGGGAACCCUGAACUACAUGCCUCCUGAGGCCAUCAAAGACACCUCAUCCAAGUCUGGGAAGGCAAGCUCAAAGAUCAGUCCCAAAGGUGAUGUGUGGUCCCUUGGUUGCAUCCUGUACUGCAUGACGUAUGGGAAGACUCCAUUCCAGAGCAUCACCAAUCAGAUUACCAAGCUGCAUGCCAUCAUCGAUCCUUCACACGAGAUAGAAUUUCCAGACAUUUCCGAGAAAGAUCUGCUGGAUGUGUUAAAGAGAUGCUUGGUACGAAACCCCAGAGAGCGCAUCUCCAUCGCUGAGCUUUUGGAGCAUCCAUACCUGCAGCUUCAGCCACAACCACCACCUGAGCCAGAACAUCCAUCUGACAGCAAUCUGAGGAAAAUCCUGACAGACCUCGCAGCUCUCCAGUCUCCCAACAGCAUCAUCAGAGCUGCUAAUAAUUUGGCAAAAAUGUGCAACAGUGGACGGAAGCUGGAUGUUGCAGAGUGUGCGAAGUCAUCAUCAAGCCAGCUGUGAUGUGGUUUUGUCUUACUUUUUUUUUUUUUUUUUUUUUUUGUCUAUCUAUUUGAGAGCUCUUACGUUUUUAACUAUUAAACUACAGUCACAAUAUCAUUUCGUUAGAUAUAUUACUAACAGCGUCUGUUUGUAUGGUAAUUAGUUGUACUCGAAAUCACUACCACUUUGUUUACUUCACUUUUACUCAUCUCUGAUAACAAAUGUAAACAAACAGUAUAGUGAAAUAAAAUGAAUAUAUCCUUUA